AUGGGUGGUAAUGGAGGUGAGGCAGUGGUUGUGUGCAGUGGCAAGAGCAUGGGAACAGGGAUAACAGUAUGGGACAUAGACACAGGGGAUCGUCUCCUUCACAUACCCUCCUGUGCUUCUCCUCCUCGUGCACUUCUGUGCCUGAGGAACCAGAUCAUUGUUGCCUCUCAGAUUCACAGGCCUGGCUCUGUUGGCGGUGGGGCCAUCUCCAUGUGGGCCUUAAACAAGCCUCAGCAGCCUCUUUGGAGCUACCCGUUGGAGGCCAUUGUAUCACUUGCAUGCACAAAGGAUGGUGUAUAUCUCGCCGGUGGUGCUCCAUCCGGAAAUGCUUAUCUUUGGGAGGUCAAAAGUGGAAAAUUGCUCAAAACUUGGCGUGCACAUUGUAAUUCUUUGAACUGCAUGCUGUUUUUUGAUGAUGGUUCUCUUCUCAUUUCUGGCGGAGACGAUGGCAUGAUCUGUGUGUGGUCUUUGAUUAGUUUGCUAGAUGUGGAAGAUUACCAAAGCUUUCCCUCGUUACUAAAUUAUUCAAUGGAUCACAAAUCCUCUAUAACUGGCCUGUCAACUACAUCAGGGAGCUCAAGAUUGGUCAUAGUAUCAAGCUCACUUGAUGGCUCAUGCAAGGUUUGGGAUUUAGGCUUGGGAAAGCUUCUGCAAACUCAAGUUUAUCCAAUAUCAAUAACUGCACUUAUUCUUAACCCAACAGAGCAGCUCUUUUUCUCUGGUAGUGUAGAUGGAAGAAUUUUCGUGAACCAACUCGAAAUUGGACUCGUGGAUGAGGACCCUUUGUUCGCCGUUGAAGAUCAAGCAGUUGUGCUAAAAGGACACAAUGUAUCUAUUACUGCAUUGACCUUCUGCCAAUCGGGUCUGAUAUCUGCAUCUGAGGAUUGCACCAUCUGCAUCUGGGAUGUCACCACUUGGGCAAUCAUUCGUAGAUUCGACCAUCAGAAAGGGGGUGUAACUAAUCUGGCAGUGAUCCCACGGUCCUCACUGCUUCCGGGGUCAAACCAACGGAGAGGGUCUGGUGUUUCCUUACUCGAGAAGUAUCCUCAGCCUGCCAACUCAUCCAGGGGAGACAUGAGUAUCACUCUUGCUUCGCCAUGCCAAUUCCUGAAAGAGAACCAGACCUCGAUCAAUUUUCAAACCACUGACCAACAUAUAUAUGACAUGGAGAAAGAAUACACUCCUGCGUCAAUGGAAAUGAAAUUGGAACGAAGUUUAGAGGAGCGGACGGGGGCAACAAGAAUGGCAAACCAUGUCAUGGACAUGAAUAGGCACCUGCAGUCGCGGUUGUUAGAUUUGAUGCAGAGCAGCUUUUUAUUGUCCAGGUCUACUGAAAUGGAUUCACCUUCAACCAAAAAGAGAAAGACCCUCAUGCUCGAAAGUCCUCCAUUACAGGAGGAGGAGAAGUGAAGAUCCUAGAAGGGGGUGAAUAGGCUCACAAAUAAACUUUCUCUGGGAUUGCAACUAGGUGAUCAAUCCAGAGAGUAGAUAUUGAAUAGAAUGUAUUGAACAAUCAAACAAACCAACUAAAGCAAUAAAGAACACAGAUUUUUGUUAACGCAGUAAACACCCUAUCGAGGGAAAACAUCUGCGUGGCCUUUAACUCUUGAAAGACCAAACCAAAUCACUAGUGAAAAACAGAUUACAAGUCACAACACAAGGAUUGUACUGACCGCGACAAUCAUUCUUGGAUUGACUUGUUUACAACUCUGGGAUUGCACUGACCGCGGCAAUCAGACUCACUAGAUGUUUUUCAAACUGUUUUCAAUCCUGGAACAAACCAGUUUGACAAAACAGAAAUACAUAGAGAACGACUCCUUUACAAUAAAGGGAUUGAAAAGAACAACUAUUUUCAAUCUCAAGAAGAACCACAGAACUCCUAUAUAUAUAGGGGGAAGAAAUCACCAAGAUUCCUUCAGUUUGGUUGAAGUGUGGCCACGAGAUGCAGAGGCACUGACUUCCCACUUCCUUCUUAGACAGCAAGGUCUUCAUGAUAUUACACUGAGUGGACAGCAAAGAUUCCAUAAUAGGAAGAUAAGAAAGUACAAGCAAGAGAGAGAGCCCAUGCUGCGAUAUCCUUCAGCAUGCUUGAAGAGGACCUGACACACUUACAGUUUAAGCAUAUUUCAUGCUUUGUCAGAUUAUUCCAAUGCCAUAGAAAUAAACAAGUUGGUAUAUGGUUGCACAUGGGACUUGGGAGAGAUUUGUGUUUAGUGAUGAAUGCCAAUACUUUAAUACUAACAUUUUCUUCUUCACUCGGAUCCAUCUCAAGGGGAUAUUAAUUACCUCUCCAAGAUUUUCUUCCUCACCCGGAUCCAUCUCAAGGGGAUAUUACCUCUCCAAGAUUUUCUUUCUCACCUGGAUCUAUCUCAAUGGGAUAUUGCCUCUCCUUGCCAAUAUGUUAAUACUAACAAUCUCCCCCUUUGGCAUUCCUAAACAAAACACAACUUUGCAACCAACAGCUAGUCUAACACUUAGAUAGCAGCUGCAAACCAAGCCUGCCUGAAACAAUUGCACAAGAAAUACCAAGUGAAGCAUGGGCAAUUAAGGCACAAAAAAACAAUGCAGCCAAACAAUUUGAGAUCACAUGAAGCAUUAACAAUAAGAAACAGUCACAAAAGCACCCUAACACUUCUCCCCCUUUUUGUCUAGGAAUGACAAAGGGAAAACGCCAUCAACAGAAACAGAUGACAUCCACUCAAGAGCACAAAUUCUGCAGAAAAAUGCAAAUGGCCGACUUGGAUAGCAUUUUUUGUUUUGAACUAACAACCUUCAAUUUUGAAAAACACAAGGAAGACCACAUGUAUCAAUGAAUACUCCCCCUCAAUAUAUGCAGCGGAAUUAUUGAGAAUUUCAAAAUGCAAGCAAGCAAAGACGAAGGACAUAGUCAAUCCCAGAUUUAUCUUAACAAGCCAGGCAAAGAGCCACAGAGGAUUCCAGACCACUUUUGAAUCCCUCCAGAUCCCACAAAGAAACUCAAGACAAUUUGACAGUUCCUUUUUGUAAACACGGCUCAAAGAUGACUUGUAACAUGUCAUGAUUCUUGAAUUUUUUGAGAACCUUGAGCUAAACCAUCCAAGGGAUAAGAAUUGAAACACAAGAGAUUACAAAGGAAUGAGAUGUAGUCCUAUUUGAUUUCAUUGAUCCUUAUCACUCCCUUUUUUUUUUUUUUUUUAGCUCAUAAUCAUUGGCUUUGUUAAGCUUGAGCUUUCGAAACCAUAUUUUUGACCCAUGUAGCAAGUCUUAUGUCAAUGGCUCUCAAACCAGUUGGUUUUAAGGCAUUAAGUGUAACAAGGACACUCCUAAGGACAUAUCAACUCGAGUCAAAAAGAGGAUAUCAAACAAGAAAAAUACCACCGGGGUGACCAAACCAUUCCCUUUUCUUCCCAAUCCUCAUAUCAUUCACCACGACCAAGGCCCGUUUACUUUGGGAAUAGCCUGGCCAAGCUUCUCUAAAUUUUUCACAAAGAAGCAUAAACUACUCAUCUCAAACCAUCAUAAAAACUGAGCACAAUAUGACACCCCACAAGAGAUUUAGGUGCAAGAGUUUAAGGUAAUAGACUUUUCAAACAAAAGUAGAGCAGUGAACAAUAGAAAGCUGAUGCAAAGAGUCUUGAGAACCUUGAGUGACCAAGGAAGAAGGAAAUUUGAACAAACUAUCCUCUGAUCUUAGAUCAAGACUUGGUCAGACCUUACCAGGAUUGAAACUAUGCAUGCAAUCCCAAACCCAACUAAUUUUUUUUUUU